CGAACAUCAAUGCAGGCACUGUCGAUGCAAGCUAUGCGGUGAUGGACUCGCUCUGGGCGGAUCUGAGCGAGAAGAUGGUGGUGGCGGGGUGGAAUCUGGCACACUCCCAUUUGCCGAUAGACGAGUGGAGAAUACGAAUCCAACGGAGUGAUUGA